AAGCUGCACAAAUUUGCCAAUUUCCAGGUUUUUCUAGGACUCAAAUAACUCUUGAAAAAUUUCUUCUUCUUUUAUUUCAAUUCUCUCUCAAAAAAAAAAUUCAAACAAUUCACGCACGAUUUUUCACGGUUCAUUUUCAGUUUUCACUCUCUCAACUCUUCUCGGACCUCCUGCUGCUGUUGCCUGGUGGCUUCGUUCGUAUCGCAUAAUCGCCAUUGUAACUCGCCGACCUGCAGCCGCAGAAUCGGUCGGAAAUUGGUGGACGACGGUGGACGCCUGGACGGACAACCUUCAUGAGUCGUGACUCGUGACUAGUGAAGGGUAAUUGGUGGUGAACCACCAUUAGAAAUUCCUGGAUCUGCCACUGUUUGAGGGUCCAACAUUUGUUGCUAAAAAUGGAGGAAACUAUUGCUACUUCUGAAACUCACAACUCCUCCCAAUCUUCUUCUCGUGUAAUUUGUCGCGUAUGUCAAAAGCAAUUUUCGCAAUAUACUUGUCCUCGCUGCAAUACCAGGUACUGCUCUCUCCAUUGUUACAAGUCUCACAGCCUCCGAUGUACUGAAUCUUUUAUGCGGGAGAAUGUUGUGGAUGAGCUGAGGCAGCAACGUCCUGAUGAUGAAAGCAAGAAAAAGAUGCUGGACAUACUCAAAAGAUAUCAUGCUGAAGAUGAGGAGGAUAGUAUGGAUGAGGAUGAGCUAGCUCUCUCAGAGGAGACAAUUGAAAAGGUUCUAUCAGGUGGUGAAAUAAAUUAUGAUGACCUAAGUGCUCAAGAGAAGAAGCUUUUCCAAAGAGCUAUAGCAACUGGAGAACUGAGCAAGAUGAUUGAGCCAUGGGAGCCGUGGUGGUUGAAGCCUUCAGCUCGAACAAUGUCUCUCAGCCAUGAAGGAACCCGGCUUAUCCAGCCUUUAGCAACCCGAGAGGAAGCAUCAGGAUUAAAUCCUGACGAAAACCUUGAGAGUGAAAUUCCACCUGGACCAGAAACAUCAUUACCACCACUUAAGGAGCUUACUUCUGCCGAGCCUUCCCCACUCCUCGCCUUUCAUCUGGUUGACAUCCUAUACAGUUACUGUUUUACCCUCCGUCUUUAUAACGGGGAUUGGCAGUCAGAUGCUAUAGGAGCUUCCAUGGUGAUCUUGAGUUUAUCCUCUGUUUUGGGCCAAGGAGCACAACCAGAAUCUAUGUUUGAAGCUAUUUCAUAUUGCUUAGAGCAGACUUGUUCUCCAGCCUUUAGACACAUGGGUGGUUCAUUAUUCGGUUUUGGUGUUCUUGAUGACGUGGUGUCUAUAAUUUGCUCAGGUAGGGCUACUCUAGUGUGUGCAGUAUCCGAUUUGCAGAGGAUGGUCGAGGCAGGUGAGAGGGAGCUGAAAUCUGAGAAACCUAAAAGAGCAAAGAGUUCAGAGGUUAAGAGCAAGCUUAAGUCUGUUAUAAGGAAGAUCUACUUUAUCUUGUCUUGGGUGAACGAACAAGAAGAAGAAGUUUGGUCUUCUUUGUCAGUUCUUGUGCAGGCUGAAAAGGCUUCACAAUUAGAAUACCGAGGCAACGAAAGAAGGAGAUCCUCGACGGCUGAGAAGGCAAACAGUGAAAGCAAAGCUCUAAUAGAAGAGGUUUAGUUGUGACUAAUUAUUGUAUUUCAGAUGAAGCUAUUGUCAUCAUAGGUUAUCAACAAAUAUUCAGAUGCUACAAUGUUGAUAAAUCAGAGGAGAGAAUGUACAAAUACUUUUUUUUUUUUUUGGUAGUACGAGAAUCCCAACCAGUGGAAAAGAUAAAGAUGUUAAUGAAUGUGAUAGCCAAAUUUUGUUUUGGUAUACUACUUGAACUCUUGCGGCC